AUGAUUUCCACUUCCUCUAUACUUUUGUUUGUUUUUGUCAACCUAACAUUAGCAGCUCAACCAAAUUACCUUCCUACUUUUACAUCCUCAAAAAAGUAUUUUCAACAAAGUAACCCAUUGAUUCCUGAAUUUGCAGUUGAUUCCUCAAACUUCGGUUUAAACAAACAAUACAGCUGGGACGAUGUUGUAUCAAGCUUGAAUUCAAACCAAAAGCUUUUCUUUUUGCAGAGACACGGUGAAGGAUGGCAUAAUGUCGCACAACAGGAUUUACAUAUUGGACCUAUUGAAUGGCAAUGUUACUGGUCAAUCAGGGAUGGAAAAGAUGGUAUUGAAUGGUAUGAUGCAGAAUUGACUCCCAAAGGACAUCAACAAAUAAACUCUUUGGUUAGUAAAAUCAAAAAUACAAGUUCAUUCCCACACCCGGAUAAAUUUUAUGUUAGUCCUUUGAGACGAACUUUAGAAACAUGGCAAGAGACUUGGUUGAACUUGCCUCAUAAAACUGCAACCAUAAAGGAAUUUGCUAGGGAGUUGUAUGGUAUCGAUACUGAGAGUGAAAGACACAACAGAACCUAUAUUGAAAACAAGUUCCCUGGUUUUGAUUUUGAAGCUGGAUUUCAGCACGAUGAUGUGCUUUGGAGUCCAGUUUAUAGAGAAGGGCUUGAAAAUAUAUACUACCGUGCUGCUUCAUUGUUGACUGAUAUUUUCGAAGAUGCAAAAGAUGACAAAGUUAUUAGUAUCGUGUUACAUGGAGGAAUUAUCAAUGCAAUUUUGGCAGUUUCCCAACAUAGAUUGUUCAAUGUCCCCACAGGAGGUGUUAUCCCAGUAGUGAUUCAAAUUCAAGACAAUCACAAAACCUACCCAGUGGAUCAUGCGUUUACAGAUUUCUUCCUUUGGUGUCCAUUAUCUCAACCUAACAUCACCACACGGGUAGAUGAUGGUGCUACAAUUGUGACAACUGUUUCUGCUUCAUAUACUGCACCAUCUGGCUCUGCCCUAGAAUCGGUGACAGCAUACAAAUUUGCUACAUAA